AUGCAACUUGCCGUCUCAAGAAACAUCCUGCAGUCUGCGUACCGAAGAACCACCAUCAUCCGGAACCCCGCAUGGGCAUUUUGCAAUGUUUCGCGUUCACGAAUAAUUCCGGGAUUGUCGUCUGUGAGGCGCUAUGCCUCUCAGCCGCCACCACCAGGAAGGGGGAGUGGGGGAAGUGGGUUUCCGGGCUUCAUGAUGCAGCAACAGCAUCAGAAAGGGGAUGCGUUGAAGGAAUACAGCGUCGACCUGACAGAGCUAGCAAGGAACGGGAAGUUGGACCCUACCAUUGGUAGAGAUGAAGAGAUACGCCGCACAAUUCAAAUAUUGUCACGUAGAACCAAGUCGAACCCUGUCUUAAUCGGACCACCCGGUGUUGGGAAGACCGCCAUCCUCGAGGGACUCGCAAGCCGAAUCGUCGCAAAGGAAGUACCAGAGUCACUUCAAAACAAGCGCGUCCUGUCGAUAGACUUGGCUGCUAUCAUGGCAGGUUCUGGGAUACGCGGACAGUUCGAGGAGAAAUUCAAGAACCUAAUCCGUGAUAUUGAGGAGGAAGCCGGCAAUGUUAUUUGUUUCAUUGAUGAACUCCACACGCUCUUCAAUCUUGGUAAAACGGAAGGAAGCAUUGACGCUGGGCAGAUGAUUAAACCUGCGUUAGCAAGAGGUCUCCAAUUGGUGGGUGCAACGACGCCCGAUGAAUAUAGAAAGACCAUUGGCAAAGACGCGGCGUUGGAGCGGCGCUUUCAGCCCGUAACAAUUGAGGAGCCGACUGUAGAGUCCACUAUUUCCAUACUUCGUGGACUGAAGCCUCGCUAUGAAGUGCAUCACGGCGUGGAGAUUUCUGAUAGCGCGUUGGUAACUGCCGCCGUGUAUAGCUCUCGAUACGUCUCGGACCGUUUCCUUCCUGAUAAAGCGAUUGACUUGGUGGAUGAGGCUGCGUCUGCCCUUCGUCUUGCUCAAGAAUCUAAACCGGACGAACUCGAAGCUCUCGACCGGGAGAUCAUGACACUGCAGAUCGAACUCGAAAGUCUGAAGAACGAAUCUGACGUUUUCUCUGUAGAGCGUCGGGAUAAAGUAGAGGCUCAGUUGAAGGACAAGAGGGAGCAGGCAUCUGAAUUGACUACCAUUUGGCAAGCCGAGCGCUCGCGCUUGGAUCGCAUCAAAGACCUCAAGAAACGCUUGGAGGAAACUAAAUAUGAUCUCGAAGUUGCACAGCGGCAGGGGAAUUACGAACUUGCGAGUAGACUUCGCUUCUCCACUAUCCCGGAGCUCGAGCGGCAGCUGCCUAGCGAGGAAGAACAGAGCGAAGAAAAGGAAUCGCCGUUGGCUAUGCUCCAUGAUCGGGUUACAUCCAGCGAUAUCGCUCGUGUGGUGGCGAAAGCUACCGGCAUUCCCGUGCAGAACCUGUUGAAGGGCGAGCGGGAUAAACUUAUGGAAGAUACGCUCCGAAAGAGGGUUGUAGGGCAGGAUCACGUCUUGGCUGCUGUGAGCGACGCUGUGCGCAUGUCCCGCGCUGGACUACAGGCGCCCAAUCGUCCUGUUGCGUCGUUCUUGUUCCUCGGCCCGACCGGAGUAGGAAAGACGGAGUUAUGCAAAGCUCUGGCUGGAUUCUUGUUCAAUGAUGAACAACGCGGAUUGAUCAACAUCAAUAUGUCGGAGUACCAUGAUCGGCACACGAUGUCCCGCCUCAUCGGCGCCGCCCCAGGAUAUGUCGGCUUCGAAGAAGGCGGCCAACUCACCGAGGCCGUCAGGCGUAAACCAUAUGCUGUCAUUCUUCUGGACGAGCUCGAGAAGGCACACAAGGACGUGGCUAUGAUUUUGCUGCAAAUCUUGGAUGAAGGUAGCAUCACCGAUAGUCAAGGCCGUAAGGUAGACUUCAAGAACACCAUUAUCUGCUUGACAAGCAAUCUUGGGAGCGAUAUACUUGCACACCAUACUGCCUCCGACGAUAAUGGUGUCGUUACUGCAGAGGCUAGAAGCGAAGUACUCGAACGAACAUCGGAAUAUUUCCCUCCCGAACUUCUCAAUCGACUCGACUCCAUGCUCGUAUUUAACAAACUUUCGAAAUCAGCGAUCCUUGAUGUCGUGUCUCUGCGACUGAACGACGUCGCCGAGAGACUCAAAAACCGUCGCAUCACGCUUGACGUUGACGACAAAGCUAGAAAUUGGCUGGCUCAGCAUGGAUACUCGGAUGUUUAUGGUGCCCGGGCUAUCGCCCGGAUCGUGAGGACGGAUGUACUCUUCCCCCUGGCACAGAAGCUCUUGAAAGGUACGAUCAGGGAUGGCGACAUCGUAUCGAUUCGCGUUGAAGGCGAUGCGUUGGCGAUCCAAGACAACCAUGAGCCUGACCCCACGGCUCUGACCUCUAAACCGGACAAUCAGCUUUGA